GCUGUUGUUUAGAGAAAAUGGGGAAAAGAAUAACGCGGAAGAUGGCCAAGAAGAACGGAAAGAAGAGGAAGGAGAAGAAGUACAGAAGAAGAAGAGCAAGGAGAUUGCGACAAGAAGCUGAACGCAACUUUCCUCGUGAUGAAAUUCCCGCUGAUCACAACGUUGAUGGUGAAUUAAAUGUCCCAGGAGAAGGGGUUCAAGAAAAUGUAGACGGUGAUGAUGAAUUGAAUGCCCCAGAAGAAGUGGUUGAUGACAAUGUUGCUGAUGGUAAUGGAUUGAGUGUCCCAGAAGAAGGGAUUAAUGACAAUGUUGAAGGUGAUGAUGAUAAUUCGGAGCAGGAAAUGGAAGGAGAAGAAGAUGGGCAGGAGGAAAAUCAAGAAAACGAAGUAAUUGAACCGCCGGAAGAAAAUCAAGAACAACCAGUCGGAGCAGUCGAAGGAUCAUCUCCGGCAAACCCGGCAGCAGAGAAAGAAGCCCAUCCAGUUGGUUCUCAGGACAAUGCUGGUGAUUGGCCCAAAGAAACAGGGGAUCGUGUUGCUCGUGAACAGUACGCUGACGAAGAAUUGAAUUCGCGAGAACCGAAUAAUCCAGAAGGAGUUGAUGACAAUUUUGACGGUGAUGAUGGUAAUGCCGGGAAAGAAAUGGGAGCAGAAGUUGAGGAACAGCCGGAAGAGAAUCUAGAAGCUUCCGGAGGAGAAGUUGAAGAAUCAGAGUCGAUAAUCUUAGCACAAGAAUCUCAUCAUGUCAAUGUUGAUGUCUCAGAAUCACCAGAAGAAACAGGGGAUCUUCAUCAUGGUGAUCAAGAAGCAGAGGAGAUCCGAGAAAGCAAAGGGAAAGAAGUUGAUCGGUCUGAUCCAGAGAAUAUUCAUGAAUCUGACGCCAAUAGGAUCCCAACUGGAAGUCAGAUUCUCCCCCCAGAUCGAAUGUUGAAGAGAAGGGCACCUCAUAGUGAUGAUGAUGUUUACUAUACCGAAAGACAAUUCAGGCAUCUAUCUCAAAGGGCAAAUCGUUUAUCACUGCUGGAAUUAAUCAACCGGUGCCGAAAUUCCGCAAAUCAUGAAGCAGCUCAAUCAUCAUCAUCUUCUUCUGCUUCCAGAGGUACUAUCACCGAUAUGUCCCAAAGGGCUCUUGAAUUAUUCCACCAAAAAAUGGCGGAGGCUUUGAUGACACAAAAGGGAAAACCGGAAAAGUCUUGGGUUGAAUGCGGGAUUUGCUGUGUUGUGAAACCUCCUCAAUUCAUGGUUCGAGUUUCUUGCGGAUGCGGAUUUUAUGCUGUCUGUAUGGAUUACUGUGUCAUCAGAUUGAGGUUGGCAGAGUAUCGGCAAGACAUUCGUCUGGUUUGCAAAGACUGUUGGAGAAACUUGUUGAGUGAGAAACUCAUCCAUUACGUUCUAUGCAAGCUGCUUCAGAUGGCUUUGAUUUUCAGGAUUAGGUAA